UUAGAAGCAGUAUGGGCGAGAAGAAAGAUGACGCUCCCCCCUCUGUGGUUUUCAAGCUCGAUAUGCAUUGUGAAGGCUGCGCCAAGAAGGUGAAAAAAUCCGUCCGCCGCUUCCCUGGUGUGGAAGGCGUCAAGGUGGAUGUGUCCGCCAAUAAACUGACAGUGAUCGGUAAAGUGGACCCCGCAAAGGUGCGGGAGGAGCUGGCGGAGAAAACCAAGAAGAAGGUGGAGAUCGUCUCCCCUCAGCCUAAGAAAGACGCCGGUGGCGAUAAAAAGCCAGAUGAGAAACCGGAGAAGAAGGCUGAGCAGAAGAAGUCUGAUGAUAAAAAGGACCAAGAUAAAAAGUCGAAAGAGAGUACGGUGGUUUUGAAGAUCAGAUUACACUGCGACGGUUGCAUCCAAAAAAUCCGAAAAAUCAUACUCAAGUAUAAAGGAGUUGAAUCGGUGAACAUAGAUGCAGGCAAAGACUUGGUAACCGUAAAAGGGACGAUGGACGUGAAAGAAAUGGCGCCAUAUCUGAAGGGUAAGCUGAAACGAAACGUGGAGGUGGUCCCCCCAAAGAAAGACGAUGAGAAGAAAGACAAAGGAGAAGCAAAAUCCGGCGGCGGAGACGGAGGCAAGAAGAAAGAGGAUGGGCCAAAGGUGGAAGUGAACAAAAUGGAAUACUAUGGGUACCCGCCGCCGCCGCCUAUGUACUGGCCCGGCGGAGACUACCACCCUGGCGAAACCAGCUACGCUGUGGAAUACCAAACGGAGGGAGGGUACUCAAACCAACCGGGGUACGCAAACCAGGGGUACGGUGUACCCUACUAUCUGAAUCCUCAAGCCCCGCACCCUCAGAUGUUCAGCGACGAGAAUCCCAAUGCGUGUUCCAUCAUGUGAUCAUCUCACGGCGGACGUUUGAGUUUUUAUAAAUUCCAUUCUUGUGUACACUCGGAGGGGCAGUCCCGGAUAAUUGUAUAUAGAAAAGUACAGCGAUGCAGGGAUUAGUAGAAUCGGAUUAGUAAUUGGGGGAUUUUUUUUAAAAAAUAAUAUCGACUAGGUUAUUUAGGCAGAGUUAGAGGAUAUGGGCCGCCGGCAGGAUAUUCUGGUCCAUAAGGGGGGGGGGGGAAGACCUUGUAUUAGUUGUUAGGUUUGUUUGGUUGUGAUUGAUUUUUCCAUUCACAUGUACUAAAAAGUUAAGAAUUCAUAUGACAGGGUGUUCACUCUCACUCGGCCAUGGAACCAUGUGGAUAGAACUUGCACGAAGGGGAAUUCAUAUAUAUAUUUGUAGGAUUAUUCCGUA